CAGCAGGGGCAGGGCUGGGAGAUGGGGUUGACCUCUACGUGGCAGCUACUGAUGGGGCAGUUGCUAGAGUUACGACUAGUGAAAUGAGUCGUUGUGUGCAGGAGCUGGAAGUGGGCAGAGGGCGGGACCAGGCAGGAGGAGGGGACCAGGAGGGAGGAGGGCCCCAGUGCUGAGCUGUAGGGACAGCUGUGCAAGCUCUGACCAGAGCAUGCAGGAGCUGGCUGGGGAGACUGGCCAGGGCCAGAGCUGCAGUAACCUGGCAGAGACGGGGUCAGCCUGGCAGUGGAGGAACCGGAGGCUCAGGUGUGGCCUUGGAGACUGAUGGUCAGGGAUGGACCCCUGGGCCAGGGUCCUGCCCUCCAGCUGGGUCCUCUAUCCGGAUGCUGGGUUCUGGGUAGAGAUGUGACCUGGGGACCUAUGGUUAAAAUUCUGCUAAUCUGACACAGGGGGAGGGGCUCAUUCCUGCAACGUGACCACCGCUGUGGGCCCACCAGGUCCACUGCCCAGGAGAACAUGAGUGGGCAGGAGAGGGAGAUGGAGGAGGAUGAGGGAGAGGGCACUUCAGACACAGCACUCAUGCUGCCCCGAAGGCCUCCUGACUGCCAGGCCGCGGCCCUGAGGUCCCCAAGGUGGGGAGGCCUGGCUGCCCAAGGCCUCGGGAUCCUGUUGCUGCCUGGCCGGGCCCUGGCGGGGCUCCUGCUCCAUCUGCUGCUGCCCGCAGCCGUGUUCCUGCUGGUGCUGCUGCCAGCAGCAGCCAUCGUCUUCCUGGGAUUCCUGUGCCACUCGAGGGUCCACCCCGAGCCUCGCCCCGCGUGCCGCGCGCUGCUCUCGGAUCGCGGCUCUGCGGCGCUCAUCGUGUCGGGCUUCCUCUCGCUUCCUCCGCUUCUGGUGCUCGCCUCGGCCGCCCGCGCCCGCCUGGCCCGACGCCUCCGCUCGCUGCUGCCGCCCCCGACUUGCAGUCCUGGACCCCGCCGCCACCUGGUGUCCAGCGACGAUGGGCGCGAGCGACACCACCCUGACGGGGAGGAGCAGCUCUGCGCCUGGGUGUGACCCCAGAAACAUCUCCAAAGGACCCCAAGACCUCAAAUCCCAGAGGCCCCUGAACUCCCCCCGUGUCCCCCAUAAGGUGGCUCCAGGCUGGCGACUCAGGGUCUGCGUCCAGGUCCCAACGUGGGAAAUCGCAGGGCCCCACGCAGCUCCGUGAGCAGUGCUCCGAGUGGCCGCGAGGUGGCACCGGCCUCCCCCGGACCGGGUCGGCUCUUCCCCAGCCUCUCUCCGCUCCUGCUGUUUCCGUAGCUGCGGAGACUGGGACCCCCAAGGGAGGAGGGAGAUGGUUUUCAGAGAAGGGCGCACGGCCAGGCUCUGGGAAAGGCGGCCUUCCCGGUUUCUGCCACUGUGGCUGCCCUGGGCUCCUGUGCCCUCCCCGAGGGCAGCCUCUGAAAGUCCCCUGUCUGGUCAGUCAGCAGGCCUCCAGCGAGUUCCAGAGGUGGUGAGAUUUGCUUGGGAGACUCCACGCUGUAUGUUUCCAAAAUUCCAUCGGCGGCCAGAGAACCAGGCGUGCAGGGCUCAGCCUGAGAACGGAAUUAGCAUUUACACUCCGCAUGUCCCCAGUGCAGAAUCUGUCAUGUGGCUGGACCAGCAUGGAGAUGACGGCUGAAUGCAGACGGGGUGGCACCCUCCCCCACCGUGCCCAGGCCACCCACCCCAUCGGCCAUCUUUCCUGCCACCCUGGCUGUUGCCAGCAGAAGGACUGGGUGGGGAUCAGCUCUGGGGCCAAAGAGGAUGGGACAAUGGGCCCUCCAGACUCCUAGGACUGGCCCUCUGGCCCUGGCAUGUCCCUGACCACAAACGGGCAGGUCGAGUCUAGAAGAAUGCGUGGGUAGGGCAGCUGGGUGGGUGGUGGCAGGGGCCUCUGGGCCCUGCUGCUCUUGGCCACCCCUUCCUUCUGCCCCACUUACUGUUGUGGGGUGGGGUCAGGGUCCUUGGGCUCGCCCACACCUCCGACUUCCAGCCUCUGUGUCCCCUGGCAUGUAUAUGGGUGGUGGGGGAGAUACAAUUGACAAGAACCACAGUACAGGCACCCCCAGGGGGUAGGGAGGGGCCAGGCUGCUCUGCCCCCUCAGGCCUAGCAGAGUGACCUCAGCCGGGGUCGCGGGUGGGGUCGGAGGCCUGGGGAGCUGGCCUUUUCCCUGGGGUCAACAUGGCCACAGCAAGCUGGGGACAAAAGGCCCUUCUUCUCUGCAGAGGCCUGGGUGGAGCGGAGGAGGGCGCGUUCCCGCAGACCAGCGGUGGUCAGGGGCAGUGCCUUGGAGAGCCAUCUCCCUGGGUUUCAUGGAACCCUGUCCACCUGCCUGCAGACCAACAGACAGCGUGGGCCAGCUCCAGGAAGUGAUGCUUAGGGACUCCCUCUGGCACACAGGCUGCUCCUUCCUUCUGGUCCCACAGACACCAGGCCCAGGCAGACUCUGGGCCCAAGGGAGGUGGAGGGCUGGGGCCAGAGCACGCUGUGCCCUGGCUGCCCAGUCCUUCUCUGCUCCCUGCCGCCCCCAGGCCUGUCUUCCUUCAGAGAGGAGGAUUCCGGGCCAUUAUAUUUGUACUUCCUCUGGCGUCUGCCUCAAGCCCAGCCCUAGCCCUGACCACUCCAUCCCUCGCUGACCCCUAUCUUCCCUGGGGACCCUCCAUCGGCCCAUGUCUCCCUCAGGGGCUGAUCCUGGAGGUAGGAGUAGUGUGGGGGACUGGGAGAGCAGUGCUGAGUGGAUGGGGCUGGGGUAGUCUCCCAGGGGUCAGGCCAGAGUUCAGUGUGAGUGCUGGGAGUGACCCUGGGCAGAGGUGAGGAGGAACUGUCAGCCAAGGCUGGGCCUCCCAUCCUUUCUCCCUCGGAUGGAGAGGCUGGAGGGAGGAGGAUGGCUGCUUCCUCGAGGGCUUGCGUCAUGGCCAAGAAGAGCAGCUCAAUUUUUCCAGAAGGGACGGAAACGUCCCCGUCAACCCCGCAGCAAAGCUGAGGUGUGACUGUGGGCUCACCCUCUGGGCAGGACUGGGGAUGCCACAGGGCAGACUCAGCAUGGCCUGGCUCCCUGCCUGGGGCAGGUGGGUGCCCAGCGAGAUGGAGGAUGAGCCAAGACGUGCUGGCACGUAUCUACCUGGGUGGUCUCCCCGCCGGGCCCCCAGGUCUCUAGCUGCUGCUGGUGCUGCAGCAUCAUGGCCUCUGCUCAGCUCACAGUCCCUCCCCGCAGCAGCCCUGGUCAGCCGUGUGUGCUGGAGGGCUGAGGGCCAGGCGAGCAAGGUCCCUAGGGAAGUAAACCCUGAACUUUGGGGGUUCAAGCCCAUUGCUGCCCCCUCAGCGACCAGGCGGAAGCACCAGGCAGCUUCUGGUCCCAGCCAAGGCCUGAGGUCUGUGGAGCUGAGCCAGCACUGCCACUGCCAAGAUUCCCGGCAAGGGGGUGGGGGCGGCGGGGACACAGUUCUCGCUUGUUCCUGCCCCAGCUCCUCAGGCUCAGCUGAGCCGCUUCCUUUUUUAGGCAAAGUCAGCCUGUCUCAAAGCCCGGCGUCUCACCUGCCAGAAAGGGAGGAAGGAAAACCAUUGAGUCCCAUCCGUCCUCCUGGGGAGGGGGAAAGGGAGGGGACAUCCUGGCAGAGAUGGCCCUGCUGCCUCGCCCUGCAGGACCUGUGCCCCUCCCCAGCUAAGCAGAAAGGAGUGGUUGGGAGAGGGCAGUGGUUACCCCACCACAAGGAAUCUUAGGAGUGAGGGGGGUGAGGCUCUCCUGGACCUCAAUUCCUGCCCAGGGAUGCUGAACUGCCUCACCUAAGAGCAAAGAAUCUGCCCUGGGGGCUGAGUGUCCCUCAGGGUGUCCCUGGCAGCCAGCCACCUCUGGUCUGGUCUAGCAAAGAUCCCAGGAUGCAAGCCACCUGGCCCACCAGGCAGUCCCUCCAGAGGGCUGCUCCAGUGGGCUGCUGGGGGUCUGUCCUCAGUCUUGGAGUCUGGGCCCCUCAUUGGGCAGGAUGUGGGGACAGCUACAGGCCCAGCAUGGUCACACUGGACAGGGCCUGAACCAACCAUCCUCAGCCCUUAUUCCCCUUCCUCUGAGAAGCCAGGUGGGGUGGAGGCUUUGUGUCCCGCAAGGAGAUUCCCCUCGAAUGUCGCAGGCUUCUUUCCCCUUCCAACGCGCUGCAUCCCUUCUAAGUUCAGCCCUUCUGAUCUCUGUAGACCAUUCCUUGGAGACACAUGUCCCAGCCCCAGACACCUGCUCCUCCCCCAGCCCCGUGGCCAAGGCCUGGGCCGUGCUGGGGGUACGCUGUUUUUGGUGUCACCCACAAACUCUCAUACCCCUAUGGGGCUCUUUUGGGCCUGGCUUCAGGCACUUCCAGCACCGCGGAGGUGAGGGCAGUGUGUCUGGGGAAGACGCAGCUCAGGCGGCUCCCUGAUCGGCUCCUCGCUGUGGGCAGCGGGGAGGGAGGACCCAUGACCUUACAGCCAGAAGGGGAGACUGUGUAUCUGCGGGCGUGCAUGUCACGAGUGUGUGCCUCGGCGGCAGCCCAGGGAGCUCUGCACGUCGCUGCGCAUCUGGGCCCUGCGUGUGCGCGCGCCUCCCCGGAGCCUGGGCUCCUCGGCCGGCGGGGCAGCGCGCGCGCCGGGGCGGGGCCUCGGUGGGCGGGGCC